ACAGUUGCUAACGCAUGCGCCGUGGCGCCACGCUCUAACCGCGAGCCUGAAGUCGCUGUCAGUCGGAGCGGCGCAAACAUGGCGGCGUACACAAGCGAGCUCGAAAUGGCCAAGAAGAACCUGUGCGAGGCGCUGGGAGACAACAGUAAACAGUACUGGGCUAACCUCAAGCUCUGGUUCAAGCAGAAGAUCAGCAAGGAGGAGUUUGACAUUGAAGCGCGACGAUUCCUGACGCAGGAGAACGUUCACUUUCACAACGACUUCCUACUGGCCAUCCUGACCCGCUGCCAGAUCAUGGUCGCUGUGCCAGACAGUUCGGGUUCAAUGUCCUGGCCUGCCAACUCCACCUCCAAGCCCGGCAAGUCCAAAGGCAAGAAGCGCUUCUCGUCUGUGCGCCAGAAGUUUGACCAUCGUUUCCAGCCCCAAAGCGCGCUGUGCGCUGGGCCACCGCUGGGCAGGAAGGAGCCCCCCAUGGAGGACGACGACGUACGACUGAGCGCCCACACCCUGCUGCUGCCCACUCGCGGGCAGCUGGAGGCACGCAUGAUGGUGACGGCCUUCGAGCUGGGGCUGGGCAACGUGGCCGACGAUGCGGUCAGCACCUUGGUCUGCGCCGUGGAGUACCACCUGAAGGACAUCCUUAUGGCCGUCUUCUCCCGGCGCCGGGCGUACCGCCUGAGGGACGGUCAAUUCCAGUACGCCUUUGGCAGCGGCGUCACCCCUCAGCCCUACCUGAAGAAUAGCGUGGCAGCUUACAGCAGCAUCAGCGACGGGCCCCUCUCCGGUGUGUCCCUCCCGGCUGGCCUGACGCCGCAGCUUCUCCCAGACGAGGCCGAGCAGCAGGCUGCCCUCCUCCUGGCCUGCUCUGGGGAUCGGCUGCCCCCCUCCCUGCCCCCGGUCACCAUGUUGGACCUCCUGGAAGCCCUGCAGAUUCAUCGAGAGGCCAUCCCGUCGCACACCGUCUACGCCCUGAACAUCGAGCGCAUCCUCGCCCGCUUGUGGCACCCCGGUCACGACGAGCUCGAGCAGGACGUCACUCACCAGCAGCGGCUGGCGGCCAAGGAGGGCAUGCUCAUCUGCUGACCAUCAUGGCGUGCGAUGCCCAUAGACUGGACUGAACUGACCUGCAGCAGUAGUUUGCAGGGCGGGCGAGUGACCAGACAGACUGGUCAGUGUCGCCCGAUGCCCACUUUGUAAAUAUUAAAAGUUAUUGUUUUUCAA